CUCCAGGCCCCAGCAAGAAUGGCCUCCCGCCGCUCUCUGCUGAGGGCCGUAGCCGCUCCCCCGCGCGUCCCCGCACGGUCCCCGCCCCAGACUGGCCGCAGCCCACCCGCGCCGCCACUGGGCAGAUGCGGGCGGCGGCUCAUGCUUCUCGACUUUCGGAAGCGCAGAGCGGAGCGCGCCUGACCCAGUCAGGCUUCCGAGUGGGACUGGAGUCCCGGGCGCCCUGAAGUUUGGGGAAGGCAGCAGCAGAAGGGAAGGGACGCUCCCUGCCCUCCGGCGGCGUGGGACAGGCCUCCUUCCAGCCUCCGCGUAGGCAAGUUUUCUCCAAUUGCGUGCUGCACCGGGGAAUCCCCAGGCCCGGGAGACAGCGGAGAGGGGAGCGCUCGGUGACCCUCUGGGGGGCAGACCCGUCAGGCCAAGUUCAUGGGCAGAAGUCUCUGUGCACGUGGGGGUCUCUGACGGUUGAGCGCGAGCUCUGCACCCCACUUCGAGGCGCUCCAGAGGCGGAACAGACGCCGGGGUGCGGGUAGGGGCCGCAGGGAAGCUGCGAAGGACAGAAAGUCACCCCCCACAUUCCACCCGAGUACUCGGGAACUCGCUUCCAGGUGUCCCAGCGGCCGCGCCUCCCCGCCCUCAGCCCUCCCCCUGGCCCGGGCAGGUUCAACCCGGAGGCGGUGUGGCCCCGGAGCCAGCCCCAGGCCCGCAUCCUCCUCCCACUUCGCCCUGGGCAGCCGCAGCUAAAAGCCGGAGGCUCCAAAGUGGAACUCUUGUCGAGCCUGGGCCGACUCGCUUCGGGGACGGCGAGCCUGAGCUGGAGCCCUGAGCUCCUUCCACCGCCCAAGAAGUUAGUUAAGUCUCCAGAGGGGUCCAGUUCCGCCCGGGCAAUUCCAGGGACGAACGGGGUCAUGGAGCCCACAGGGGCGCGACUAAGUUUGGAGGCGCGGGGACCAGCGCCCUCUGGAGAGCCCCCGCCGGCCGAGGUGCUGCCCGCCCCGGGGGUCCUAUGCGUGGAGGGUAGCGGAGACGGCGAGGGCGCUUCGGAGACCCCGAGUCCCGACGCUCAGCUAGACGACAGACCCCUAUCCCCGAAGGAAGAGGCCGCCCUCCAGGAGCAGGAGGAGCUGCUGGAUUGUCGCGGACGCUGCCGCGCGCGCUCCUUUUCCUUGCCCGCGGAUCCCAUCCUGCAGGCGGCCAAGUUCCUGCAACAGCAGCGGCAGCAACAGGCUGUGGCGCUGGGCGGCGAGGAGGCGGAAGCCGCGCAGCUCGGCCCGGGCGGCUGCUGCGCCAAGUGCAAGAAGCGAGUGCAGUUCGCGGACACGCUGGGGCUGAGCCUGGCCAGCGUGAAGCACUUCAGCGAGGCGGAGGAGCCGCAGGUGCCGCCCGCCGUGCUCUCGCGCCUCCGAAGCUUCCCCAUGCGCGCGGAGGAUCUGGAGCAGCUCGGGGACCUGCUGGCCGCAGCGGCGGUGGCCGCGCCCCUCUCAGCGCCGCCUUCCCGGCUCCGGCCGCUAUUCCAGCUCCCGGGGCCGAACGCCGCGGCCGAGCUCCUGCAGCGGCAGCGCGUGUGCCUGGAGAGCGUGCAGUGCUCGGCGGCCCCGGGCGCGGAGGUGAAGGGCUCCGGCCGGGUGCUCAGCUGCCCUGGGCCCAGGGCCGUGACCGUGCGCUACACCUUUACCGAGUGGCGCACCUUCCUGGACGUGCCGGCUGAGCUGCAGCCCGAGCCGCAGGAGCCACAGCCACCAGAGGCGCCAUCGGAGGCUUCGGAGCUCCGGUCCGGGGAUGCAGAGAAACAGCCAGGAGCCGAGUGCUUCCACUUCUCACUGUGCCUGCCUCCGGGCCUGCAGCCUGAGGAUGGAGAGGAAGCCGACGCGCGCAGCGUCGCGGUCCACUUCGCGGUCUGCUACCGCUGCGCGCAGGGUGAGUACUGGGACAACAACGCAGGUGCCAACUACACGCUGCGCUAUGCGCGCCCUGCGGACGCGCUCUGAGCCUGGAGCGCUUCGAAGAGCCGUGGGGCGGGGCUAAUCAGCACGUGGAGCUCGAGCCGCGGUCCCCAAGGACUUGCUGGGAUGCUUUGCUGAGCAUGGCGGAUCUGAAGACAGGGGCGCGUGGAGGGAAAGUGGGGAGACGUCGAACUGUCGACUCGCAUCCCAGCAGACACGUGAGCGAGCUUAGAGAGCCCGGGCAAAGCUCCGGCCUCAGGCUUCUUGUCCUUGGGACCUUCCUACACGGCCUCUAGAAUUCCCAGCCUGCGUCAGAACAGGAAGAGACUCCCAAGGCCCGGAGCGGCUGCCUCCAAAGAAAAAGGCUCCCGACUCCCGGGCGUGGUUCUAAGACCUUGGGAUUGGUUUUUAACUCUAAAUACCGUAUUUUAGCCCUUGCAGCUUGCUGGAAACCCCUACGGAAAGGACAAAGCGUCCUGCCACCGUGCACCAAAGGAAGAUACCACGGACUGUGGAUGCAUGGUGCAUGGGACCUUUACACCCCAGCCUGUCUCUCAGAGAAAACCCGGGCGGGGAUGGGCCAAACUACCGUUUUCUUUUGACUGGGAUGUGGGAAAUGUUUGCCCAGACUUGGCGCUGUUUACUUGUCCGAUUGUGUACAAAUGUCCUUUUAAAAAGUAAAGGCCAUUCGCCCCCCUUUU